AUGUCCGCCGCGCGCGCGCGCGGGUUCGCGAUCGGAUGGACGACGACGCGCGCGCGACGGGCGACGCGACGGGCGAGCGAACGACCGAGCGAGGAGGCGCCGAGCGUGGAUUUCGUCGGAACCAUUCUCCAAGACGUCCGAAAGGGACAGCAAGGAUUCGCGACGCGACUCUCCGUCGUCGGCGCCGACGCGGCGGCGGUGGACGGAUGUCCGGUCGUGGGUGACAUCGUGCGCAUCGCGUUCGGGGUGGAGACGGCGGAGGGUGAGGUGCUCAGGGACGACGGCGCGGAGGAAGCGGUCACGUUCGAGGUCGGCGCGAGCGACGUCAUGGGUAAUCCUCUGUUCAAGGCGUUCGAUGAAGCGGUGAGAGGGAUGAAGGUGGGUGAACAAGCGACCGUGAGCGCGAGCGGGGGGGAUUACGAUCCGAAUCUGUUGUUCAGCGUUCCGGCGGAUCACGCGGAGAUCGACCGCCUGCGCGCCGAGUGGAGCGAUAAAGGCGGCUUGGUGGAAGGCCUUACGGUGACCCUGGUGAACGGGCAGCCCGCAGUGGUGCGUAAGAUGGAAGACACUAGAGUCGUUCUCGACGCCAAUCACCCUUUCGCGGGAUCUGACAUCAUGUUCCAGAUUCGUUUGCUCGGCUUGAACGAGGAGACGGAUGGAUAG